AUGACUUUGAUUGACAUCAGCAAUCAUGCUGCUGUGCCGCUGCGGCCUCUAGAUGGAAAGAAGCAAGAGUCUGACAAAGGUCCUGGUUCCAAGAAUUUUCGGGGUCGCAAGCGUCGGAAUGCUAAAAAAAUUCCUCGAAAUGAUCGAACAGAGUCCAUGAAGAGCAACAAAGCCACGCAAACUGAAAAAGAAAUUGACCUUGCCGAGCUGUUGAGGCAUCACGAUAUUCCAACCGAUUUCAAAGCUGAUUCUCUGUUUUUCAAGCUUGCCACACACAAGCGAAAUGUUACGCUUUGCCGUUUUUGUGACACGGUUUUAGUACGGGCACAGGGCAAAGACACUGCCAAGGCAAGAAGCACCAUGGUGCUGUCAACCUAUUUGAAACACUACGGAGGCUCUCACAGCCACUCCGUCAAGCUGAGCGAACAACGGGAAUCGAUCGUAUUUCUGCGACAGUUUGAACGAGUGCCUAAACGUUCGACCAGCGCCUAUCAAGAGCUCCAGCAAUACGUGACAGCCUAUUUUGAUCUUGACAUGGAUUCGGCUCAAGCACAUUUGGCGAUCGCCAAAGAUUUGGUGAGCAAAGGACCGCAAAAGCCCAUUAUUAAGUUUGGGAAGUUUAUUUCGAAGGCAGAGGCCGUCCGUGAUGAGGUAUUUGUCACUCAGAUCCCAGGAACAGCUGCUUCCAACAAAGAGAAUCAUAGACGCAGGCUAGUUGAUGUGGAAAGCCUUCGUGACAAAAGCAGCAACGCUGCUUACGAGGACCAAUGUGCCGCGAUGAAAGAUACUGUACGGACUGUGUAUCAAACUAAAAGCGAAGAAUCCUUUUUGAAUCAAUCCAUCAAUCUUUCCCUCGAGAACAGCACUUUGGACUGGGAUAUUUCGGGAGAAGACUGGGGGGAAGUUCUUGCCGACCUAGAAUAUUCCGUAGAGAAAUGCAAAGAUGACGAUGUAUACUGCCAUUUGGCCGGCCACUGCGUUAGUACACCUACGGACGACGAAGACCUUAUUGGGCACAAAAAAGCUGCGGAAUAUGGGGAGGCCCCAUCUGAUCCCACCCUAGACGCAAGAGCUCGGGCCGAAGUCUGUUUGGCAGCACUGGCUUUUUUCGGCAUGUACUGAUUGUGCUUGCAAUUACUUUCAAAUCUGUUGGCGUGAAGGAAAAAAA